UCUAGAGACUCAAGGCUCUUGGGGCUGGGCGCAGGACGCCAGUCUCGCCUUGCAGCUCCGAGUGUGCUCGCUGCGCCGCCAGGUCCCUGCCUGCAGCUGUCUUCACGCCACCCUCGCCACCACAGUCACUAUGCCCAACUUCGCCGGCACCUGGAAGAUGCGCAGCAGCGAGAAUUUCGACGAGCUUCUUAAGGCGCUGGGUGUGAACGCCAUGCUGAGGAAGGUGGCGGUGGCCGCUGCGUCCAAGCCGCACGUGGAGAUCCGCCAGGACGGGGAUCAGUUCUACAUCAAGACAUCCACCACAGUGCGCACCACUGAGAUCAACUUUAAGGUUGGAGAGGGCUUCGAGGAGGAGACGGUGGACGGACGCAAGUGCAGGAGUUUAGCCACUUGGGAAAAUGAGAACAAGAUUCACUGCACACAAACUCUUCUUGAGGGGGACGGCCCCAAAACCUACUGGACCCGAGAGCUGGCCAGCGACGACGAGCUCAUCCUGACAUUUGGCGCCGAUGACGUGGUCUGCACAAGAAUUUAUGUUCGGGAAUAAAGGUGGCCAACUUGAUUCCACUUUCAUGACAGGAUACGAGUUUCCCCGAGGAGUAUGUCAUAGGCCUGAGCUGCCAGUGGGUCUUCCCUCCCCUUCCUCAUUCCUCCCCCAACCCUGUGAACAUUAGCCAACCUGAUUUUCCCUGUGACAGUGUAGUGCCCCCUUCAUUCCCCAGACCCUUUGUUGCCUUGUGCAUCCCUGGUUUGGCAUUUGCAUGGUUGUACCAGUCAUUAAACUGGUUGAACUCA